AUGUCCAAGUCAUUCCAGCAGUCAUCUCUCGGUAGGGAUUCGCAGGGUCAUGGGCGUGACCUGUCUGCAGCAGAAAUAGGCCUUCUUGCUGCUGCUACCCAGUCUUUAAGUAUGCCAGCAUCUCUUGGAAGGAUGAACCAGGGUACUGCACGCCUUGCUAGUUUAAUGAAUCUUGGAAUGAGUUCUUCAUUGAAUCAACAAGGAGCUCAUAGUGUACUGUCUUCUGCUAGUACUUCUUCCCAUAAUUUGCAGUCUAUAUUUAACAUUGGAAGUAGAGGUCCACUCCCUUUGUCUUCUCAACACCGUGGAGAUGCAGACCAGGCCAGUAACAUUUUGGCCAGCUUUGGUCUGUCUGCUAGAGACUUAGAUGAACUGAGUCGUUAUCCAGAGGACAAGAUUACUCCUGAGAAUUUGCCCCAAAUUCUUCUGCAGCUUAAAAGGAGGAGAACGGAAGAAGGCUCUUCAUUGAGUUAUGGUAGAGAUGGCAGAUCUGCUACACGGGAUCCACCAUACAGAGUACCUAGGGAUGAUUGGGAAGAAAAAAGGCACUUUAGAAGAGAUAGUUUUGAUGAUCGUGGUCCUAGUCUCAACCCAGUGCUUGAUUAUGACCAUGGAAGUCGUUCUCAAGAAUCUGGUUAUUAUGACAGAAUGGAUUAUGAAGAUGACAGAUUAAGAGAUGGAGAAAGGUGUAGGGAUGAUUCUUUUUUUGGUGAGACCUCGCAUAAUUAUCAUAAAUUUGACAGUGAGUAUGAGAGAAUGGGACGUGGUCCUGGUCCCUUACAAGAGAGAUCUCUCUUUGAGAAAAAGAGAGGAGCUCCUCCAAGUAGCAAUAUUGAAGACUUCCAUGGACUCUUACCGAAGGGUUAUCCCCAUCUGUGCUCUAUAUGUGAUUUGCCAGUUCAUUCUAAUAAGGAGUGGAGUCAACAUAUCAAUGGAGCAAGUCACAGUCGUCGAUGCCAGCUGCUUCUUGAAAUCUACCCAGAAUGGAAUCCUGACAAUGAUACAGGACACACAAUGGGUGAUCCAUUUAUGCUGCAGCAAUCUACAAACCCAGCACCUGGAAUUCUGGGACCCCCACCUCCCUCAUUUCAUCUUGGAGGACCAGCUGUUGGACCAAGAGGAAAUCUUGGUGCUGGAAAUGGAAACCUACAAGGUUCAAGACACAUGCAAAAAGGCAGAGUGGAAACUAGUCGAGUUGUUCACAUCAUGGACUUUCAGCGAGGGAAAAACUUGAGAUACCAACUCUUACAACUGGUGGAACCAUUUGGCGUCAUUUCAAAUCACCUGAUUCUAAAUAAAAUUAAUGAGGCAUUUAUAGAAAUGGCAACCACAGAAGAUGCUCAGGCUGCUGUGGAAUAUUACACAACCACACCAGCAUUAGUAUUCGGCAAGCCAGUGAGAGUUCAUUUAUCACAGAAGUAUAAAAGAAUAAAGAAACCUGAAGGAAAGCCAGAUCAGAAGUUUGAUCAAAAACAAGAACUUGGACGUGUGAUUCAUCUCAGCAAUUUACCACAUUCUGGUUAUUCAGACAGCUCUGUUCUUAAACUUGCUGAACCCUACGGGAAAAUAAAGAAUUACAUAUUGAUGCGGAUGAAAAGCCAGGCUUUUAUUGAGAUGGAGACCAGAGAAGAUGCAAUGGCAAUGGUUGAUCAGUGUUUGAAAAAGGCUCUUUGGUUUCAAGGAAGAUGUGAUGUGGCUUCUGAUGGGAAAAAAGAUCCUUCGGACAAAGCUGCGAAAAAAGAUUCAAGUGCUUCAGCAAAGAAAAAGCUUAAAAAGCGUCGUUUCCCAGGGAGUAUGGAAGGUUUUGUCACUCUAGAUGAGGUUGGUGAUGAGGAAGAUUCGGAACAUCAGAAACUUCGUAAAUCGGGCAUGGCAUUUAAAUCUGGUGACAAAAAUUAUGAUGGUUUGGUUGAAAUUAAGGUGGACAAGAUCGAAGAACUUGAUCAAGAAAGUGAAGCAGCGCUGGAAAAUGGAAUUAAAAAUGAGGAAAGUCCAGAGACAGGCUCUGAAUCUGCUGAGGGUGCUGAUGAUCCCAACAAAGAUACAAGUGAAAAUGCCGAUGGCCAAAGUGAUGAAAACAAGGAGGACUAUACAAUCCCAGAUGAGUAUAGAAUUGGACCGUAUCAGCCCAAUGUUCCUGUUGGUAUAGACUAUGUGAUACCUAAAACAGGGUUUUACUGUAAGCUGUGUUCACUCUUUUAUACAAAUGAAGACGUUGCAAAGAAUACUCAUUGCAGCAGCCUUCCUCAUUAUCAGAAAUUAAAGAAAUUUCUGAAUAAAUUAGCAGAAGAGCGCAGACAGAAGAAGGAAGCUUAA